AUGAAUACUAGCACUACUAAUAUAAUUGAAUCUGGAUGUGCAUUUAAAACUUUUUCUGAAGCUCGAGCAGCAAUUGAAAAAUAUGCGGCGCAAACAAAUACUUAUAAUGGAACGAAUGAAGAAUAUACGACUAAGCCUAAAGAAUUUGUAAUAACUAAGGCUUAUUUGGAACAUAAUUAUGAUGUUUGUAUAGAUGUCACAAAAUAG